UCCCUUCUGCGCCUGCGCGGCGCGCGUGACGCAACGGUUUGCCGACGCGCUCUGACGUCAUCUCCGGGCGCCGCAUGGCACCAGGCUUCCUUGGCCAAGAUGGCGGCGGUCGCGUCCUGGGGCUGCCGGAAAUAUCUCUUAAGUGCGUGGCUUGUAUCCCGACAAUGCUCCGGCCCUGUGCAGCACCCUUCCUGCGUGUGCCGAACGAGCAGAUUGACGUUAGAAUUUUACCAGUCUAGAUGUUCUUCCUCGGGCCAUCGGAAAGGUUUUAUCUCUGGCUUCGUAGAGAACAUCAAGCAGGAGCUGGCCAAAAACAAGGAGAUGAAGGAGAGCAUCAAGAAAUUCCGAGACGAAGCGAAGAAAUUGGAAGAAUCGCAAGCCCUUCAGGAAGCGAGACGGAAAUACAAAACCAUCGAGUCUGAAACCGUCAAGACCUCGGAAGUGCUUAAAAAGAAAUUGGGAGAAAUCAGUGGCACCGUCAAGGAGAGCAUAGAUGAAGUCAGCAAGAGCGAGAUUGGCCGGAAGAUCAUGGAAGGAAUGGAGGAAGCUGCCAAAACAGCGAAGCAGUCUGCAGAAACAGUCUCCAAGGGAGGAGAAAAACUGGGCCGGACUGCAGCAUUCAAGGCCAUUUCACAGGGCAUGGAGACCGUCCGGAAGGAGAUUGACGAGAGCGUGCUGGGUCAGACAGGCCCUUACAGGCGUCCAGAGAGACUCCGGAAAAGGACAGAAUCUGCCAGCGAAAGGCUGAAAGACGAGCGGAUAUUUGAAGCCAACGAGCAAGCGAUGGGCAUGGUCCUACACAAAGACUCCAAGUGGUACCAGCAGUGGAAGGAGUUCAAGGACAACAACGUGGUUUUCAACCGGUUUUUUGAAAUGAAGAUGAAAUACGACGAGAGUGACAACGCCCUCAUCCGUGCCUCGCGCGUCAUGACGGACAAAGUGACUGACUUCAUAGGUGGGCUCUUCUCCAAGACAGAGAUGUCCGAGGUCCUUACGGAGAUCCUGCGCGUUGACCCCAACUUCGACAAGGACCAGUUCCUCAAGCAGUGCCAAGCUGACAUCAUCCCCAAUGUUCUCGAGGCUAUGAUCUCCGGAGAUCUGGAUAUCUUGAAGGACUGGUGCUACGAAGCGACCUACAGCCAGCUGGCCCAUCCCAUCCAGCAGGCCAGAGCGAUGGGGCUCCAGUUCCACUCCAAAAUCCUGGACGUGGACAACGUGGAUCUGGCGAUGGGGAAGAUGAUGGAACAGGGCCCGGUGCUGAUCAUCACCUUCCAGGCUCAGCUCGUGAUGGUGAUUAAGAACCAGAAGGGAGAGGUGGUGGAAGGAGAUCCGGGGAAAGUCCUGCGGAUGUUGUACGUCUGGGCCCUCUGCAGGGAUCCCGAAGAGCUGAACCCCUACGCUGCCUGGCGGCUUCUGGACAUUUCUACCUCCAGCACCGAGCAGAUCCUAUGAGUCGGCCCCGGGGGGGACUCGGCAGAGCUCCUGCAGAGCGUGUGUCCCCCGUCCCCCCACCCGUCCUGCGCAGAGUCCAGCACGAGGGACCCCUUGGUGCAGCGGGGCUGGGCCGGGGUGCUGGCUCGGAUGUAGAUGCUGGGAGACCCUCCCCCGGACUCUCUUUUUCUGGUCUUCAGACUUGGAACUUGCCGGCAUCCGAGCACGGUGCGAGGCAACGCUGAGCCCACAGACUUCUGGGUCUGCCGGGACUCCGGCUUGCGCUUUGCCAAAGUUGUGCCUGUUCCGAAACUCGCUGCCCUCCGUCUCGCGCUGAAGAGGCUUCCGGAACGGUCCUUUCCCUUGCAGCUGAGUCAAGAGGCUGAGCCGGACCCCAGUGGGGCUGCCUUGGGGCGUGGGGGAACGGGGACGACGACCUACACCCACGCGGGAGAGGAAAGAGAGAGGGUCUCACGGCGUGGAAGGCCGGCAGGAGAUGGUCUUCCUUUCAGGAGCUAUUUUCUCAUAAUGUCGGCAGGUUCAGAGUGGAACCUGGGCUCUUCGGUAUCCCCUUCCCCCUUUCCGCAGCCAUGGCAGGUCUUGGAAUUGGCUCAGCGCCCUUGAUGGGGUGCCAGGGGGUGGUGGCCUCCUGUUCAUAAGAGUCUUCUACCCCUCCCUACCGUAAAUUAAAAAAAAAAAUGCAGCCCACCCA